GCCUCCACCGCCCCCCGCUCCGGGCCGCCGAUUGGCCGCGCGGCCGAAGGCGGAAUUUCAAUCCUCCCCCUCCCCCACUGGCCGUGGUCACGUGACGCGGCAAGAUGGCGGCUGCCGCGGACGGCGCCGACCUGGAGGCCUCGCUGCUGAGCUUCGAAAAGCUGGACCGGGCCUCCCCGGACCUGUGGCCCGAGCAGCUGCCGGGAGUCGCCGAGUUCGCCGCCUCCUUCAAAAGCCCUAUUACAAGUUCUCCUCCCAAAUGGAUGGCGGAGCUGGAAAACGACGAUAUAGAUAUGUUAAAGGAGCUGGGGAGCCUCACUACAGCUAACCUGAUGGAGAAGGUUCGUGGACUGCAAAACUUGGCUUACCAGCUGGGGUUGGAUGAAUCUAGAGAAAUGACUCGAGGGAAAUUCCUGAACAUCCUAGAGAAGCCCAAAAAGUAGCUGCAGCAUCUGGCGUUGGGACAAAAAAAAAUUACCCCAGCUGGAUCCUUUUACAUACUGCGGAUCCAGAUGGACCCCAGAACUUCUAAAGAGAAGUACAAAGCUCUUGCUCCAGACCUUCAGAAGCUAACACCUCUUGCUUCCACAGCUCAUCUCUCUGCGGGGGAGACGCACUGGACACACAGGUCACAAGGACUGCGAUUGAUUGCAUUGGAAUUCAGACUUUAUCCAACCUCAAGAUACCCAACGGGAGGAUUUGACCCUGAUGUGCGAUGGCAAAGUGAACAGCCAUUGUGUCCUUAUUCUGUUGUUCUCACUGGCAGCACCUAUUUGAAGUACCAACAGCUCUCUGACACUGGCCAGUGCAUUAUGGCCUUUUUGUGUCUCUUGUCUUACAUGCAUUGCUUUCCUACAUGCAAUUUCUGUGCUGAAUGACUUGAGCAGAGUUUGGGGCGUAGGUUGAUAGUGUUGGUUCUGCAGGAUCAUAUGCUUUUAGUGUAGAAGGCCAGUGUAGUCUCUGCAUUAGAUUCCAGUUGCUCACUGCCUUCAGAGAAGCAUGCCUGGUACUGCAGGGAGGAUCUUCAGUACGUUGGUCCAUGCACUUCCCAUGGCUUGCAUCAAGCGUCGUGUGUACCAGGAGCUGCAUCUCAGUGCCAAAUGGUUUUCUAGUGAAAUCUAGACUGACAGACCACAGAGUAAGAGGUGUUAUUGUACCAUGAAGGAAAAUGUUCCUCAAGAAACUUGAGCCUAUACAGGAAGAAACAGCUUUGUCAGUACCCCUGACAGUCCGCUUCUUACAAAGCCAGAAACUGAGGGAAGUUACAAAGUUGAAAGGCAGUAAUGUUUUCAGUACUCUAGGAAGGGACAGCAGACACGUUAGCCCCAUUGCAAGGAUAUUCUACUCAAACGGAGUCUUGACGCUUCUGAAAGUAAUCUUUCUUGGUAUUUUCAUUACUUAGAAAACAGCAAUCUCAAAACUUGCUUCACCUGCAAAAAUAUUUUAUUUUGUGACCAGUGACCUGGUCUCUUUCAGCACAGAAUCUUGGACUUUAUUUGUCCUAUAGUUUAAUGUGUUUUCCUUCUGUUAAUGCACUUCUGCAUGUUCAUCCGUGAGAAGUGGUAAAGAGCAUGCUGAGAUUUUAUUUUAUUUAAGAGAAUAACUUUUUUCAUUUCAUCCUGUUUCCUUUUCCUAGGAAACUGCAUUUUAAGCAUUAAAAAUAUGUUCCUCUUUCUAGGGUAAGACAUAAUAUUGAAACGUUGGAUAAAGAGCAGAUUUUCCCCAUUUAGAAAUGUUAUUUUUAGCAUACAGGCUUUCAAAAUGUGACAUUUCCCAGACUGUCACAUGUGAGAGGAGAAAUGACUUGGAAAUAGUACUCGUGCCUCAUCAUUAACAGAAUGUCCUUAGAGCAUUGCAAAUUUCUGUCUUUGCAGAGAGAGGAGACCGUUUUCAGGUGCAUGUGCAAUAAAGAGGGGAGAUUUUUAAUCAUAUAGACUACUCUGAAUUUUUACUAAGAUGAUUGUGGCCAUUUGCUUUGCAGUCUGUGGCCUUGGUGAUUAUCCAGCGAGAGAGAGACUCAUUUUUGGACAGCUCCUGUUAACUAUGCUUAAGCAGUUAAAUUCCAAAUCCCAGCAGACCAUAUAGAAAUACUGAAUAUUCAGGUGUGUCAGGAGUGUGAUUUUAAACUUAUUGGAUUUAUUUCUAUACUUGUAUUUAUGCACAGCUGACCUUAACAGGACCUCCAUUCCUUGAGAACAUGAGAGAGAAGUUGAAUGUGAAGAGAACCGAAAAGUGCUAAUUCAGAGACAGAGGAAAGCUGUUGAUGCAAACCAAUGUUGAUGUAGCUUUAAGUAUUAAGUUAUACAUUUUGAAAGCAAUUUUAAGCUUGUAUACUAUAUAUAUAAUAUAUAUACACACACAUGAAAUAAUGGGAUACUUGGUCUAUAUCACUGAGUUCAUUUUAUAGAGGCUUGAUGAUCCAAGACAUUAAGAAAUUGAGAUCUGAAAGGAGGAGGGAUAUAGGAGAAGAUAACAAAGCUUGGCAUGGACGUAUAUGUAUAUUUUCUCAUCUGUUCAGCAAAGAAUUUCAAACUUUAAGUAGUUUUUGGUAACAUACACGUUUUAAAAGCAAACAAACAAAAAAACCUUUACCAUGCAGUACUUAUCCUCUGUAGGGCAGCAAAUAAUUUAUGCUUUAGAAUUGGUAUUUAUUGGCUUUGUACUUGUCAUCUGUUAAGAUGAGUCAGUGCUGUAUUUUUUUUUAUUGGUAAUAUUUAUAUGUAUUUUUGUGUGUUAGCUGGAGAAUUGUAGUCUGUCUGUUACUGCUCUGUGGUCUGAUAGUAAACAAAUGCAAAGCUCAAAGAGUAGUCUGCGUUUCCAGAAAAGCCCCCUGAGAUGCAGGAUCUGUUGCUUAGUCACCUAGGCAAUAUUCUCCAUAGGCUCUUCUUCACCGUUCAGUUGUAUAACAAGGAACACUUUGCUUAUCACCACCUCAGUUUUCAGCCUGUGAAUGCUUCAUUCCCAUCAGUAAAUGAAUAGAUGGCAAUAUCCAAAUGGCACUAAAGAUUUUCAUGUGUCUUGACCUCUUCCCUUUUUUUCUUCAGUGAAAUUCUUCCCAACAUCACAGCAGUAUCUGUCUAUGCAAAAAAAUCUGGGUGACUUUCCAGUGCUGAUAAGCAGAUACUUUGAAACAACAAAAAGUUCUGAUAAAUGAUGUGAAUGAAGAGUAUAAUGAGAUUAAAAUUUGGUAAUACUGUUUGAGCUUGUGCAUUGCUUUAUAAAGUGUUUUUGUGUAUUGGUAUGUUAAAUGUUGUUGUCAGGCUCUUGGAAAUAAACCCAGUGUUUUUAGUUCCUAUUAAAUGCCAGUGUUGUAUUAAAUGCUUAGUUGUAAAGGCUGUUCAGUUUUGGAGUACCAAAUGCUUUGCUGUUUAAUCCAACUGAGAAUAAAUUCUUGUCCUAUUAAUCAUUAUCAAAAUAAAAGUCUAAUUGCACUGGCCAUGGAAGAGGGUGAUACUCCAUUCAGCUUAGUGCUUUGCCAUUGCAAAAUUAACAAUUUUGGAACAAUCCUAUAACCCAGUUUCUCAGUUUUUCUUUGUAUUUCCCUGAUCAAGUCACCUAAAAAUAACAGAUUCUUAAAAACUGACUAAUCCAAUGCAGAGAUAACAUUUGAACGUUAUUCUCUUUUAUCUUAUUUUUAUGUUACAUAAAAAUAUAACAUGCUAUUACAAGGCAAAUCACAAGCCUGUCUUACUUGUAAUGUUCCAUUUGAUUAUAAAUGGUUGUAGACACUUAGGGAAGGAUAUAAACAAAAGGCUUACACACAGAUUUUGCUUUAGGUUAACUUCUCCAGCAACCUGUUUUAGGGACUUGCUGAGCUAGUAGUUGAAUCUGGUAUGUGGUAGGCCCUACCCUCAUCCAUUUGUCUUAGUCCUAAUUUGUUUGUACUUCUGGCCUCUAAAAUGCCCUAAGAGUGAAUUCCGUAAUUCAGUUAUACAAGUCAUUUUUUUAAAUGUUAUUUUUAAACCUGCUUAUUUGCUAACCCCAUUUUGAACCUUUCAUUUCUUCUAUUGUCAGAAGCAGGUGUGUUGUUGGUUUUUUUCCUGUCUGUGCACUAUUCAUGGUUUUUCAUCUGUUAUGCUUUUGUUCUGUGGUUAUUUUAGUCAUCCUCCAAUUGUCUGUCUUCUGUUACAACUGUUCUGAGAUGCCUUAAUAAAAACUGCAGCGUGUUCAGUGGGGGCAUACUGUGGAGGGGUAUAAGUCGUAAUUACAGCU